GAGAGAGAGAGAGAGAGAGAGGCGGCAGCAAUGGCGACGCUGCCGCAGCGGUUCAAGCUGCUGGCGACGCGGUGCGCGGCGGGGGCGCCGAGCCCGUCGCGCAGCCCGGCGCCGUCCUACGCCGCCAGCGCCAGCCCGGGGUACCGCCUGCGCCGCCGCCGGGGGACCACGGCCGCCGCCAGUGCCAGGCGCCGCGGCCGCCUGCGCCGCUUCCUCUGCCGCCGCGGCGGCGAAGAGGGGGUGCCCGAUCCGUUGGCGGCCUCGCGGCAGGAGGACGAUAGGAAGCCGCUCUUCGGCGGCCGCGCGGGCCGCACUCUGCGGGAUCUGUUCGUCGCGUCGCCGGAAGCCGGGCUCCGCCGCGGCGGCUGCGGCUGCGACUGCGACUGCGAGGAGGAGGAGGAGGACGACGACGGAAGGACAGGUGCUGGCAGGGAGGAUCUUCGAGGCGGCGGGGCCUGGGGAGGGAGCAGGAGGUUCCGGUCCGGCGGGCUGCGGAGCUUGCUGAUGCGGAGGAGCUGGCGGCCGGUGCUGGGGGCGAUCCCGGAGGGGGAAGGCAAGAUGGAGCUCAGCGCCAUCGAGGAAUGAAUAACAACAAAUGGCGGCGAAAUCAAGAGCCUCCGACCCCAAAACGGAUUGGAACCGGGAGGAUUCUUGCCUCCUCGUUCUUUCUCUGUUGCUGCUGCUCUGCUUCUCUCCUGGUUCUUGGCCUCCCUCCCUGUAGGUGACUGCUGCUGUGAAUAUGUUGGAAUGGAACACCAAAUUACUGCCACCCAAUAAUCUCUAGCUGACAUUCACAGAUUUACAGCGCAGCUAGCGUUGCUCUUCUCUUACACGUGAAAUGUGAUUAUGUGAAUGGGGACCUUGUUCUUGUGUUGUAACAGGGAGGAUUUACAGUUUGCAUGCGAACCGACACUGUAUUUGCCAAGAAUGUUCAACUGAAAAAUGUUUCUCCGGAUCAUCACAGGUACUACCGUAGUAGUAGUACUGAGUUGUACAACCAGACACGGAGACUGCAGUUCCGGUGGCUGGUGAAGGGAGUCAUUGUGCAUGGGAGGAACGGUCAGCGCGAGAUACGAUGUUGAUGCUGAUCGCCAGCCUUGUAUGGACUCCAGACGUCCUUUUGGACUCGAGAUAUAAAGUUUUAGCAUGUAAUUGGUUGCUAGGACGGUUUUUGUUCUAAUGGGUUGUAUAGGUAGGUUGAAAGAAAAUAAGUUGA